AUGGACCUUCUUGUCAAGAUAUUUGGGUUGACGCUGCCGCCAGCAGAUCGUGCUUCCAUUUUGGCCGGUCCUGGUCUACCUGCGGCGAUCCAGCGGACUCUGGCGACCGACCAUCGACGAUCGAAGCGCCUGCCCAUGUAUAGCAAAGUUGCACUCCUGCUUAGCUCGUCCUUAGCGUUCGGCCAGUACACACCGCCCCAUGAGAUCGGUGAUGUGGCUCCGGCUGACAUGGGGAUGCCUAAACAUAACAACGGGUACUAUCGUAUAAUUUAUGGGAGAGGAGCACAAAGCUGGUCGCUGGCCACGGUCAGCGAUGAGAAAGCUGGAGCCUGGAACGAUGCGCAAGUGACCAUGGUACAGGAUAAUGCACUACUUGACAGUGGAGCGAGCGUGCCAUGGGAGGACGCUGUUAUGGUAGGGCGCUAUGCAGUGCGGGCAUUCAAGGACUUGCGGGGUGCAUUCGCUGUUGUAUGCAGAGCCCGCAGGCCACUGCCGACCUGCGGAAUGUUCGAUGCGCUCGUUUCCGGUCAGAUGAGGGACUGA